CCAGGAGACAAAGAGGAAGAAGCCGAAGAAGCCACCUCUUAACUGAGAGUGAAGAACGGUUUAAGCCUCUUUUUUUAACUCACAAUUCCAAAAAUGGAAUCUUUGAGACACAUUAGCAUCGGGCUUUGCACUCCCGCUUUAACCCCAUUGCCUCACCCUGGAAAACCUUCAAGACUCCACCGCCCUUCAGCCACCACAACCGUCUGCUCCGCCAGUAAAUGGGCCGACCGCCUCAUCGCGGACUUCCAAUUCCUCCCACCAACCGACAACUCUUUCUCCUCUUCUUCCUCCUCAACCGCCACCCUCUCUCCCCCUUUCCCUCCCCCACUCUCUCCCUCUCCUCCCGAACGCCAAGUGUCCAUCCCCCUCGAUUUCUACAAGGUGUUAGGAGCUGAGACUCAUUUUUUAGGUGAUGGAAUCAAAAGAGCAUAUGAAGCUAGAGUCUCGAAACCGCCUCAAUACGGGUUCAGCCAAGACAGCUUACUUAGCCGAAGACAGAUUCUUCAAGCCGCCUGUGAAACUCUAGCUAACCCUGGCUCUAGACGAAAUUAUAAUCAAGGCCUUGUCGAUGAUGAGCGCGACACUAUCAUCACUCAAGUGCCCUGGGACAAGGUUCCUGGAGCAUUAUGCGUGUUGCAAGAAGCAGGGGAGACUGAAGUGGUGCUUCGAAUUGGGGAGAGUUUGCUGAGAGAGAGACUGCCCAAGGCAUUUAAGCAGGAUGUCGUCCUGGCAAUGGCGCUUGCUUAUGUGGACUUGUCGAGGGAUGCUAUGGCAUUGAAUCCGCCAGAUUUUAUUACUGGUUGUGAGGUGCUUGAGAUGGCUUUGAAGUUGUUGCAGGAGGAAGGGGCCAGCAGUCUCGCCCCGGAUUUACAGUCACAGAUUGAUGAGACAUUAGAAGAGAUUACCCCACGUUGUGUUCUGGAACUUCUAGCCUUGCCACUUGGUGAUGAGUACCGGACAAAGAGAGAGGAGGGUCUUCGUGGUGUACGCAACAUAUUAUGGGCUGUCGGUGGAGGAGGAGCUGCUGCAAUCGCUGGAGGUUUUACCCGUGAAGAUUUUAUGAAUGAGGCCUUCUUAUGCAUGACAGCGGCUGAGCAGGUUGAUCUAUUUGCUGCCACACCAAGCAAUAUUCCUGCAGAAAGUUUUGAAGUUUAUGGAGUAGCACUUGCACUUGUUGCUCAAGCAUUUCUAAGUAAGAAACCUCAUCUUAUCCGAGAUGCGGAUAACCUCUUCCAGCAGCUUCAGCAGACAAAGGUAGCAGCCCUCCGGGACCCUGUCUCUCUCUAUGCUCCCAUGGAAAACCGUGAGAUAGACUUUGCUUUGGAGAGGGGCCUCUGUUCAUUGCUUGUGGGGGAGCUUGAUGAGUGUCGCUUGUGGUUGGGCUUAGACAGUGACAGCUCCCCUUAUAGAAAUCCAUCUAUCGUAGAUUUUGUCUUGGAAAACUCAAAGGAUGAUGAUGACAGAGAUCUUCCUGGGCUUUGUAAACUGUUGGAGACAUGGUUAAUGGAGGUGGUCUUCCCCAGAUUUAGAGACACCAAAGAUAUACAAUUCAAGCUUGGAGAUUAUUAUGAUGACCCCACUGUCCUGAGAUAUUUAGAAAGGCUUGAGGGAGUGGGUGGUUCACCCUUAGCUGCAGCAGCAGCUAUAGUGAGGAUAGGUGCAGAGGCUACUGCAGUUCUUGAUCAUGUAAAGGCUAGUGCAAUUCAGGCAUUGCAGAAGGUGUUUCCUCUUCGUAGUGCUGAGGAGAGUGUGAGACAUCAAUUAGAUGGCGAGAUGAGCAAUAUUUUUCAUGCUGUUGAAAAUGAAGAGACUCUUGGAAAACCUGAUCCAGAGGAUUCUGCCGUUCUAGCUGAGAUUCCUGGGAAAAGUAGUUUGGAAGAAAUGCAUGAAGAAGAAACAAUUACUGACAAAAUUAAAGAUGCCAGUGUCAAGAUCAUGUCUGCUAGUGUGGUAAUUGGAUUGAUGACUUUGGUUGGAUUGAAGGUUUUACCUGGUAGAUCUAGUUCAUCAGUUAUUCGCAAAGAAAUCAGCCCAGCUAUGUCAUCUAAUGUCAGUAACAUAGGGUCAGUAGAUGAAAAUUCUUUGCAAGAAUUACCUAGAAUAGAUGCAAGGAUUGCGGAAGGCAUUGUUCGCAGGUGGCAGAACGUUAAAUCGCAGGCAUUUGGACCUGAUCACUGUCUUGAUAAAUUGCCAGAGGUUCUAGAUGGUCAGAUGUUGAAGACAUGGACAGAUCGUGCAGCUGAGAUUGCUCAGCUUGGUUGGACAUACGAAUAUAGUCUACUGAGCCUGGCCAUCGACAGUGUUACCCUCUCACUAGAUGGGCAGCGUGCCGUAGUGGAAGCAACUCUGGAAGAGUCCACCUGCUUGACCGAUGUUCAUCAUCCAGAGAACAAUGCCUCCAAUGUGCAAUCCUACACCACGAGAUAUGAAAUGUCUAGCACCAAGUCAGGCUGGAAAAUUACUGAAGGAUCUGUCUUCAAAUCAUAGAUGAUGUAAAGCAUAACAAAGCUCCAAUGUGAAUACCAAACUCUGCUUUUUGCCACAGUUUUUUUUUUAAGUGUUAUUAUUUGACAGAAACAGAGCAUUGCAUUAUUGAAUCA